UCCACCGGUAGGUAUAAAGUAAGGAGGCCGCCUGCAGACCUCCAGUUAUAGGUAUUCUUAGUGUACAAAAUGAAGAGCAUAGCGUGUUUUUUAGUGCUAAGUGCACUUAUAUUUACUGUAUUUGCACAAGAAAACUUCAAAUGUCCCGAUGACUACGGGUUCUAUCCACACCACAAAUCCUGUGAUAAAUAUUGGAAAUGCGACAAUAAUGCAGCUGAAUUAAAAACGUGCGGAAAUGGAUUGGCAUUUGAUACAUCCGAUCCUAAAUAUUUAACUGAAAAUUGUGACUACCUCCACAACGUUGACUGCGGCGAUCGAACAGAAAUUGAGCCUGCUAUCUCGACACCUCACUGUGUUCGUCUUUAUGGUAUAUUUUCGGAUGAGAAUAAAUGCGAUGUCUUUUGGAGCUGUUGGAAUGGUGAAGCUUCACGUUACCAAUGUCCACCUGGUCUAGCGUAUGAUCGUGAAGAUCGCGUUUGCAAAUGGUCCGAUCAAGUAGGAGAUUGCAAACAACACGAGGUUGGAGGAGGAUUCGCCUGCCCGGCUCCGGGUGAAAUCACAAAUUCGGGCACAUUCUCUCGUCAUGCGCACCCCGACGAUUGUAGGAAGUACUAUAUCUGUUUAGAAGGUGUACCGCGCGAGUACGGAUGUCCAAUUGGCACAGUUUUCAAAAUUGGAGACGCCGACGGUACUGGAAACUGUGAAGAUCCGGAGGAAGUUCAAGGAUGCGAGGACUACUACGGAGAUUUGGACCUUAAAAGUAUCCGCAAAAGUGAGUUACUAGCAGGUACAGGAAUCGCUAGUGCGCCAAGACCACAUGCGCCACCGUCAUCAUCUAGACCGAAUAAGCCAAGACCAGCACAACCAUCAUCGCGUAAUGCUCCCGAACCCGCUGAUAAUUAAAUUCUAAAUUUUUAUCCUACCUAAAGAGUUGAACUCACAAAGAGAGUCAUCGGAACGACUCAGAUGCACUGUAUUUAAUUUUUAGUAACUAUUAUUUUAGUUUAUUAAGAAAUCUGCUUGGCCGAUUGACUCUCUUUUCCUAUUCCAAUAAUUUAAUUAGAUCAAAAAAUGUUUGCAAUUUUAAAGACCAUGUGAAUAUAAAAAAAUUGCCUUGCUAAACGGUACAAAAUACUUUGUAUAUUUAAUAAAACAUUAUUUUUUA